CACGCACAUCGUUGAGUUCGACUUCCAUCUUUCGCGUUGCUUGCGAGCGCUCGCGUCCCUCUGAGCGACACACUACCUCUGCUGCACACGAGAUUUAAUUGCUAUGUCCUCCGACGUCUUGCUCCAGUACAAGGGCAUGGCGGACGUGCUGUUCGCCGUCGUCCUCGCCGCGAAGCCUGAUGUUAUCUAUUCCUCUGUACCCGUCCGUCUCGCGUCGUAUAUCACCGGCCUGCCUCUCUUCGACGCCGACGUCGCUCCCGCCUUCAACCAGGCGCUCGCAUGUCUGACCGCCACUUUCGGGGUGGGUCACAUUGUGGCCAGUAGACAAGGACCCGCGGCACGCCCGGCGUUCUACUACAUGAACGUCACCUACGCUCUCCUGUCCUUCUUCACGUGCAUAUUGCCCUCAAGCACGGACGUCGGCAGCGCAUAUCUGCUCGUACUCUCCCUCGCACAUGCAGCGUUCGCCUUUCUGUUAUACGUGACGGAUUUCUAGCACCAUGAGGCGGACCUCGUGGCGCGCUGUGUAGCGGAGUGUCUGCCGAGUUCCGUCUUGUGCACCGUCUUUGUUCUCGAUGGCUCUUUCUUCCUGCCACGUGCAGCGACAUUGUCUUUCACCAGGCCCUUUCGAACCCAGUCCCCCUUCCUUGUAUAUCCUCCAAUCCCUUUCUUCCAGAUGUUGUAUGUAUACCGAUCUUUAUCUUGCUAAAUGUACACACCCAACUUCAUUCCGGGAA